AUGCAAAACCAUGAAUUAGAAGACGCCAAACAACUAUACAAUGAUAUACACGAAUACUUGGAUUUCCUAUCUGAAAUGCUUUCGGAUGUCGCCGAUGAAAACCCAGAAGACUUGCCUCCAAAUGCACUACAAUUUCUCAAUGAUUAUAAGUCCUACCUCGCCUCUUCAAACACGAUAGCCUAUAUACCGACACGCUCGCGAAAAUCACUCUUUUGCAGACGCAAUCCAACACUAUCACUAUCGAUAGACACCCACGACGACGCUGUCUCAAAAUUAGAAUACGUUAAAGCGUCGCCAACUUUCACCGGCUUCGAGUCGGACGCUGAAGGGUUGAGUCCAACCGUGAAGAAACUGAGAAGUCAGCUGGGUCUACAGAAGAAAGUGGAACCUAUUGAUAGAAAACAGGGUUUACUCUCAUGGUCAUUUUCAUUCUAUAACGAAAAGGCAGAGACUGUUUCAGAUGUUAAUACAGAGGUCGAUAAUACAACAACUGAGAAGAAUACUAAUAUCGAUAGUGAUAAUGAGAAGCAAGGUCACGUUACAAACAAUCAGGAGACAAUGAAGAAGAGAUUUGGAUGGGGGAUCUUUGCAGAUAACAUGUCCCACUAUUAUUAUCGCAUCUCACGCUUUUAG